AAUAAAUUUUACAAUACUUAUUUACAUUUAUAAUUCGUAUCUUACGAGUGUGCAUUACCGACACUUUAUGAAUAUAGCAUGGAAUAGAACCAAGCAUUUAGUACGAUAUCCGUCGGAAGAACCUAAGCGGUAGGAUCCAUUUUAAUAUCAUAGUCGCAUCAAUAGCGCACGCGAUGAGCGAUUUUAACUUGAAAAGUGGCGAAGAGGAGAAAAGUGAUGAAAAUGAGAAACAGCAUGAAACAAUAACGUUGAUUCUUAAAGAGGAACGAUUCGAAGUGGACAAACAAAAAUUGAUCAGCAAAAGUCAAUACUUUGCCGCGCUUCUGUCCGCAAACUAUUUAGAAUACCAGCAGACCGAACAUGUUAUUAAGUAUGAGAUACCUACAGUUUCGUUGCAGGCUUUUAUUAAUUGGAUUCACAAUGAUAAUCUCGAUACUUCGAAGCACGAAUUAAAUGAAGACUUUGAUCACCUUUUAACCUUGUUGGAGUUAAGCGUUUUAUUUGUGGCAGAUAAUUUAGUAGAAGAUAUAACAGAUAGGCUCGAAAAAAAUUAUUUGUCACGACAAUAUCUAAUUGAUAUCUGGUCACUAGCACAAAAAUUGAAUAUUAAUGUGCUACAAGAUCUUGCUUUGGCUGCUUGCUUACAUCAUUUUAAUGAAUUACCGCUUUAUUCAAGCUAUGAACUGCCAAGGGAAGAUCUUCUAAAGUUAGUUGGAAAUAUUAAUAUGAAAUCUAUGGAUUCUCAUUUGCUUAAUACUAUUCAAGAAUGGAUGAUUCAUCAUCAUGAAGAUACAAUUCCUUUAAAGAUUAAAAAAAUUAAGCAUAUAGACUUUGUACAAGCUAUUAUAUCCUCUGAAAACCAUUGUAUCACAAAUGAAUUUUUUAUUCAUUGUUGGGAUGGUAGCAAUUUUUUUGAACUUACUUCAUUCAAAUAUCCUAAGGAGAUUAUAGAUCGUAACAUCAGCGAUUCUAAAAAUAGAUUAAUAGGAGAACGAAUUACUGGCCAUGGAUAUGAUUUAUAUCUUUGUGGUGGAGAAUUUGGUAUUGGCACAGGAAAAUACAAUACAAAAGUGUGGCGUUAUUCUCUAAUUUCUAAGAAAUGGUUUCUUGAAGCGGAAAUGCCAAAUAGGAGAAGACAUAUGAUCGCGGUAUUCCUCAAUAAUAAAUUAAUGCUUGUAGGCGGUGUAGGAUACUGUAGACAAAAACUGGAUAGUGUUGAUAUUUAUGAUAUUUGUACAGGUAUUUGGACAGAAGGUGCGAAAAUACCUGUAACAUUUGUUUCAAUACCUGAGUAUUAUAUUAUUCAUGAAAAAUUAAUCAUAUACAUUUCGGCUUGUAUUUGUAUGUAUAUUCCUGAUAAAAAUAUAUGGGAAGCGAUACCAGAUUUAUCACAUUUAGUUCGUAAACACAGAUGGGACAUUGGAAUACAAUUGUGCAAUGUUCCAAUACUAACGCUUGAGCCUUUGUCAUGUUGCAUUGAUGAUAUAAUGGAUAUAAUGGUUUUAAGAACUGUAACAGAUACAUGCAACGCAGAAAAUUGUGAAUAUAUCGAAAAAAUUGUUCGAGCUACGUGUUUAAAAUACCCGGCCGCAUUCCGUAAAUAUUUUGAUGAAACAUUUUUCUUUGUAGAAUCGAGCAAGUAUGACAAAUCAGUGACAAUAUUACAUGAAACGAUAGUUUGGGAACAUGACAUAAUAGAUAAGUUACAUUUUCAUAAUAUUCCUAUACAAAAUCCACAUAAAUUUCAUCGUCAAGAAAUUUUCGGUACUUUUUUUACCUUAAUGGAUCCAAAACUCUUACAUGCAAAAAAGUUAAAUUUUAUAGAAUUAGAUAUAUAAAAUUCAAUAUUUAAUGAUUAAAAUAUAUU